AAAACACUUAAUGGUACUGUUCAUGACAGUACUUUUUAUUUGUGCUACAACGUGGUCGAAACAACAUAAUAUAAUUUAUUUUCAAUUUCUAAUCAGCAUUUGCGUAUUUAGAACGUUUAACACGUGGUGAAAAUAUCUGGAGGUCAAGGCCUUGAUUUUUAUUACUUUUUCAGCCUCCUCGCCAUGUGUUUCCUGAGCCUCUGUGUCCCAAGACACUGCUGUCCAUUAACAGGAAACAACAAUAAAGGCCAGAAAAUGCCAGAAAUAAUUCAUCCAAGAUAUUAAGCAAAUUUCUCUAACCUUUCGAAUUCCUCCUUGGUGAUUUUUGGGUUUCGCAUUCAAUGCCACGUCCUGUUAUCCUAUAAUUACUGUUAUCAUCAUCUGAAAUGUCUUUCACUUCUGAAGAAGAAAGAUGUUGUCUCAGUGCAGACAUAUAAAACUGUUUUCAGCCCCUCAAUUUAUAAUUAAAAUGGAAAGUACCAUCAUGCUUGAAGACUUGCAAUUAAUUAAAGACGAGUCAAAACAUGCAUUCUAAUGAUAUAGUGGGCUUGUGUUUAGCCCAUCACUAUAGUGAUCAAACAAAGAAACUGUCGGAAAACAAGUGUGUUUGCCAUUGUAAGUGAUUGUUCCCAGACAUUUGGUUUAAGACCGGAAAGGCACAAGACCUAUUUUCACUUCAAAACAGUACUGCGGUUUACCUUGAGUGAUACUUUACUAUUAAUAUUUGCAUAUGGAUUAGUAUAGGAUUUGUAUGGAAACCCAUUUUCACAUAAGAAAAAACAAACCAAACAUGCUUUGGUAAAUCAUAAUUAUAUUAUUAUUAUUAUUCAGUCUUCAUAAUUAUGACCAAAUAUGUUAUCAUUUAAGUACGACUUAUCUCAUAUCACAGUUAUGACUUGUAAGUUUGACCAUCACAUUUUCUUUCAGAAUUUUUUAUCUUGUAAUGUCAGCCUUUUAUGUCAUUAAUUAUGAUUACGAUUUUUUCAUGCGGCCGAAAUGGGCUUUCACUGUAAGAGAAGAGCGUUUGGCAAUGGUUAUAAAUAGAUUAAUAUGUUUAAACUCGUUGUAAUAUCUUAUAAGGAUAUGUUUGCAGUCUUUCAGUAAAUCAACAGGUCACACGAAAAGCGUAACAUUUCACUCAACGAGACGUGUAAAGGGAUGUUUUGUCAGUAAUAAAAAGUCCCCACUUUCCUGUGUCACCAGAGUCUGUUAAAGUCACUUAGCCUCUGCAGCAAGCUCUGAGUUUGCUGUUAGUUUCCAUUGUCCUAUUAUAUAACCCACAGCUGAUAAAGUGAGAAGAAUAUAUUCUAUUAUAACUACACAUGUAGAUGCAACAUCCAUUUUAUUUUCCGUGAGCAAAACUCUUCUGGGGCGAAUGGUUCAUCAAACAGGAAUGCCUUGUUGCCUCAUCCCUGAGGCACAGCAUGCAGACGGACUCAACAACAACAACAAUCGUGCAUUAGAGGGGGAUGGGAUGUUAUUACCUGAAGCUGCAGGGCAAGACUAACCGCUCUUCCCUAAACCUGCUUCAAUUAUGCCUUUAAAUAUAAGAAACCCCUGCAGUGUAACUCAGAGUUAUUUUAAAUUAGGGUAGGGCUUAUUUAGUUUGGUAAUAGAUCUGGUUUAAGCUAAAGAUCGUGCUGAGGAUUCGAUAAAUUGAUGACAACAGGGUUGCCCUUGCUAAAUAUACAACAUUCAUUUACUAAUGUCCUUUUUCAGACAUUAUCACCCUAUCCUCUCCCGGUCUAAGGCAAGCUCUUUUGCUACAGUGAAAAGAAAAAAAGUUAGCCGGUUGGAUGUCUCACUCCAUCUAGUGGUUCCUCUAUGCCAUAAGGGUUCCUUUAGGAUUCAGAGAUAUAAAAUUACACCGGGCAACUGCACACGAGAAAAAAGGCACUUACUGAGUUAAUAUGGAGAGUGGAGAGAGAGAGAAAGCUGUUGGAUUUGCAAUCUCUCUGCCAUCCUUAGAUGAACACCUGAGAUUCACAGAUCUCUUAAAGCCCAGCGUUUGCCCUCGUGUCCAGCCGUGUUCAUGCACGCUCUCCAUGGCCAGUUCAACAUGGGUCUUUCAUAACGGAACGGGGCUCAGCAGGCAUGGAGCCUCUCAGCCUGCAGGUGCUGGUGGUUGUAACAGGGAGCUUCUUGGGCUUCCAGUGGCUGUUCCACAGAGGUAGCCCUUUGGUGUCUGAGAAGCUCUGCAAAGGCUUCCUGAAGCUCAGCCCUACACAAAGGACGGAGUGGAACUCCAGGGCCGUCUCAACAGUACACGCCUUGGUUGUGGGACUUUUCUGUCUCUACAUAUAUAUCUUUGAUGAACCUAUUCAGAAAGACCCAGUCUGGGGAGAUGCCACACUGGUGAAGCUAAAUGUGGCCGUUACUUCAGGCUACCUUAUCUCAGAUCUCCUGCUCAUGUUUACUUCAUGGGAGUCUAUUGGAGAAAAAUAUUUUGUCAUGCAUCAUUUUGCUGCUCUCUAUGCAUACUACUAUGUCCUGAGUCUAGGCAUAUUGCCUUACUUUGCUAAUUUCCGCCUGCUUUCAGAAUUCUCCACCCCUUUCGUGAACCAGCGUUGGUUUUUUCACAUGCUGGGCUACCACAAACUUUCCAAACCAAGUCUGGUUAAUGGUGUCGCCAUGGCAUUUACAUUCUUCUUGGUGAGGAUCGCAGUCAUUCCAGGCUACUACAGCCAUAUGUACUCGGUCUUUGGUACGGAUGACUUCUACCGGUUACCUCUGGGGGGCCGCGGUGCCUGGGUUAUCUCCAGCGUGUCUUUGGAUGUCAUGAACAUCAUGUGGAUGCGCAGAAUCAUCCGCGGAUGUCUCAAAGUCCUUCGCUCGGCUUGGUCGAGUAAAACGGGAACUAACGUGGAAACCAGAAAGACAGAGUGACAUGGAGAUAAAGACAGAAAAGUGACACAUCAGCACACAAAACUUCCAUCUCCUUCCAUCCGAUGCCAUAUAUGUUUCUGCUGCUGUAAUGCUGUGGCAUCAUAGGUGUGAGAAACCAUUUAUUGUAUUGUAUUAAUAAUGACAGACAUGAUGUCAUCUUCAAAUAUGGGCUCAACUGGAGGAACUCAAUCACAGGCGCUCCUUUGCGUUUUAAGAAAUCAGGUGAUUAGGAGGCAUGAGACUGAUCACACGUACAAUCAGGACGACAGUUGUGGUUGCACUAUUUAUUAUAAAGCUGCUAUUAUGAUCAACCAACUUGCCUUUAUGAAUGCAAUUAACAAAGCAACAGCACAUAUGAACUUCCACAAAAAUACACAGUGUGUGCCUGUAGACCACAAUAAACAAUGUUUUGACUACAAUAUGGAUAGGGUUAUGCAAAUAGAAGACAUGGCCACUAUAAAUGUAGGGGAAAUGUUAAAUGUAUGGGUAAAAGGUCCUGACUUUACAGUUCAGGAGGGCAGGAUAUUAUACUCAAGAAACCAUGCAUGUCUACGUGUAAUUAUUGCAUAUAUGGAGAACACUAUGUAUGGAGAGUAUUAUGUAUGUCUAGAUGGAAAAAACAUAUCAGGUGACACACUGUUAUACAAUAUGUGUUUCUGAAAAUCUAUAACUUGAUGCAGCCGUGUAUAAGCUUUUUGCUUGUAAUUUGUGGUUGGUUGGAUUUGGACUAGUGACAAUAUUAGCCUAUAUAAGCUACAAUAAGAUAAGGCUUUUCAGGUUAUUUAUCGUUAUUUACUUAAUAGUUAUGUACGCUGUUAAAAUCUACAACGAAAAGGUGUAUGAGCUAUUCCAACUGGAAUGUAUUUUUACAAAUUCUGUGAUGUCAAAAUGCUCAUGUGUGUGACCGGAGAAGCGCGUUUCUGUGGCGUUACAAUAAUGUUUUAAUCUGAAUAAACAACUUCGUUUUAAUACGUUACAGUGCACGAGGUUGUAAGAGAACCAUGUGUAACGUUUACUUACAGUUCACUUUUCUGCGUGAAAUACUCGAUUACAAAAGCCAGUCACUUCCCAGUAUGA